AUGGGAUUCAUUGGGUUAGUGGGUUCAACUUCAAAUUCUUCUGAAGUCAACGUGGAAUUGCCAACAACUAAUGUUGCUAUUCCAAUUCCGAAAAAUGUGGAUGUUCCAAAUAAUCGGUUGCAACUAAAGGCCUCAUUUUUUAUUGUCCGGUAUAUUGCCUUUCAAGCUAUAGCUUUUAGAGGUAAUGAUGAAAGUUUUAGUUCAUUAAAUCGUGGGAACUUUUUUGAAUCAUUGGGUAUUGUGACUUUUUGGAAUGAGAAAGUUGCUGAAAUAAUAGAAAAAGCUCCCAAAAAUGCAACCUACACAUCACCUAGGAUUCAAAAUGAAAUUCUACAUGUUUUCUCAGCUAAAGUGAAGAAGGCCAUUCAAGAAGAAAUUGGUGAUGCAAAGUUUUGCAUAAUGGUUGAUGAAGCUCGUGAUGAGUCCAUGAAAGAGCAAAUGGUUGUGGUUUUUAGAUAUGUUGAUGCAAAAGACUUUGUGAAAGAACGUUUUUUUGGGCUUAUUCAUGUUGUUGACACUGCAGCUUUGACUCUAAAGAAGGGGAUAUAUUCUUUGUUAUCUCAACAUUGCUUAGAUAUACAGAACAUUCGAGGGCAAGGAUAUGAUGGAGCAAGCAACAUGCGAGGUAUGUGGAAUGGAUUACAAGUUUUGAUUUUGAAUGAUUGCCCAUAUGCUUACUACAUCCAUUGUUUUGCACAUCGCUUACAAUUGGCAUUAGUAAAAGCAUCAAAACAAGUUGUUCCCAUUUGUCAUUUUUUUCAUACAUUGCUUUUUCUUAUCAAAAUUGUUAAUGCUUCAUGCAAGCGCAAUGAGCAAUUAAAAGUUGCCAAUGCUAAUGAAAUAGCACAUUUGAUUGAUCUUGAAGAGCUUGAAACUGGAAGUGGACUUAAUCAAAUUGGCACUUUACAAAGACCUGUAGAAACAUGUUGGAGUUCACAUUUUAGAUUAGUUUCUGGCUUAUUAAGGAUGUUUACUUCAACUGUUGAAGUUUUGCAAAAUAUAAUUGAUGAUGCAAUUGAUGGAGAACAUCGGGCAGAAAGAGAGUUAGCUUAUGAUGGUUUAACUUCAUUUGAAUUUGUCUUCAUCUUGCAUCUUGAGAAGAAAACUAUAGAAAUCACUGAUAAACUUUGUCAAGCUUUGCAAAGCUAA